AUGACCGAUCCAAAUUUACCAAUCGAAUCUCCAAACCGACGUCCUCAGGACUACGCCGAUAUGACUGGGUGGGGAUUUGCACACAAGUUCGAUCGCAACGUCCGCGGACACAGGCUGGAGGAUGGGCACAAGAAGACUAUCCAAGCCGCUGCCGCCAUCGCAGACCAACUUAGAUGGACUACAUCGCAGAUGAAGCCAGAGUACUGGCCUGACAAGGAGACAUUAGUAGCAAAGCAGUUUCUGAUGUCUAAUCUGGUGCAGCUCCAUCUGAAGUUUAGAAAGGCAUGUUGGCAAAUGCCGCAACAAGCCCGAGACGUUGAAUCCCCAGUUGAGAGCCCCCUACCACCCGAUGAGAAGAAAGAGAAGAAGCCAACCGACAAGUUCUCAAAGGACGAGGACUUCCGUAAAGAUCGACAGGAGAAGCUCAUGGCCAACCAGGGCGCAUACUUCGAUUACUUCGAGGAUGAUGGAGGUGACGAAGCGUUCACUUGGGGGGACGCGAUAAGAUCAGCCCUCAGGACGUGUGAUGCCGCCUACUUUGAAAUCGAUCGUCAUCACAGACUGCUCAAACAGCCGGAGAAGAAGUCGGGUUGGCGUUUGGACCGAAUGGAUGUUUUAUCCAAGAGGAGAGGCAUGCCGACUCGUUCGAAUCAGGAGUUGUUGAUCGAACUCGCUCUCAAUCAUGAGUUCGGUGGUCCUCCGUCUCCAAACAGCCGGACAACAAUGGCCAACUGGCAGACCGCAAACGACGUUCAGCGCGCUCUCAACAUCCACUUGGGGCGUUUCAUGAAGCAAGAACCUGACGGUGGCGCACCUACCGAGACACGUCACUGGACUACCGACUUCGCGCGCAAGUACAACCAUCCCCAUGCUGCCGAGCCUGCGAUGUUCUUCAUUUGCACGCACGAGUACAUCCGGCCAAAUCCCGCGCAGCCAAUCACAAAGUGGAUUGUUGGAGGCACCACGCCGCUUACAGGAGGAACAACGGUCUGGUUUCCUUGGGCUGACAAGUUUUACAAGGCUGUCAGAGAGCAAGGUCUUGGUAGCGACUUCGUUGCGAAGGUGAAGGCGGCCAAUGACGCGCAGAAAGAACAUGAACAACGACUGCUUGGCGACACGACAGACCUAACUAAGGAUCAACUAUUCGAGCAGAACCUGUCUGCUCGAAAAGUCGUCAUCGGCCAAUUGACGAACGACUCAACCCAUCAGAGGUACGUGGCUCGGAUUCGCUGCCAGGGCCUAGCGAUCAACAGUUUCAUGCAGCCAGUCCAAUGCUGUUAUCGUUGCCAAUGCAACUACCAGUACACAGUACUGAGCACACACAUGACACCAUCACCAGACUACGAGCCGACUAUCGAUCACUUGAAGAAAUACGACUGGGGCAGGCAUUGCCCAUGGUUUCAUCAGUGCGCCGAGGCACUUGCAGCCUGUCAGUGCUUCGCCUUCGAUGAUGCACAGAACGACGCCAACCGACCCCAGUCUCCCAGAGUGGCCGAGCUGAAAGGAAAGUCUCUCAAGAAAAAGAAGAGCACCCACCUUUUUUAG